UAUAAUGUCGUCGAUGCCCCAGCUAUCCAACGAUAUUUUACAAAUUAUAUCUGAAAAGUUACUUUUUAAAAAACCACCUGAUGAUAAAAUGUUUAAUCAAAUGGAUCUGCGAUCAUUGAAUGCUUAUACUCUUUUCAUGUAUCACAGUGUAAAAAACAUGCGAUCUUUUCUCUCCAAUUUUACUAAAAUGAAACGUCUUGAACUUCUUAAUAGUGGUGACAAUUUUAAAAUUAAUUUGUACAAAGACGAAAGUUUACCAUUUAAUAUGAUUAAUAGUAAUGAUUUUACUGGACCAUACUCCGUUUCUAAGCAAUUAAUUUUGGAUCUUCUUUGUGCUGGAUUACUACGUACUUCAUUCAUUAGAAUAAGUCAUGCUUUAGAGGAAUUGCCAGAUGAAAUACUUAAACACUUGAUAAAUCCAAAAGCUUUAGAUACUAAAUUAUGUCCGUCAACUUCAAACUUAAGCAUCUCGAAAGUGGAAGUCGACGAGUCUGCAGCGACUUUUCAAAAGCAUCUAAUUACUUUGCUUUCCAUUAAUGCGGAGAAUGUUGAAUUUUGCAGUUUUUGGGAGAAUCUUAUUUUUGAAUGCAGUUCAUCCAAAGUACCUCCAAUUGUUAUUGAGCGUACAAAGAAGAUUUUAACCAAAUGUAGUCUUGACAUGGAAUCGACAAACAAUUUUCGCGACAAUUUCAAAAGUUAUAUACAAUUUCUGCUUCUUUGCUGCUCAAAUCUUGAAUAUCUGGAAUUUGAAUGUACUUCAAACUCUACUUCUCCCAACGACUAUAUUAUAAAUUUGGAGGCCCUUAUAAUUUCAAUUAUAGAAGAUCUCAAACAUCAGCAUCGCGGUAGUAAAAAUUUGAAGAUACGAAUUGAAUUCACUGCAAAUUUCGAAGAGGUUUUAUUCGAGUCGAUUUCGAAUGAACAUAAAAUUUUCACGUUGGGAAAUUCAUUUGUCAUUGAUGAAUUAUCUGAUGAUUCUCCAUACUUUGCACGUAGUAUAAAAUUUAAUGAUUCAAUUGGGAGACAGCAUGAGUGUUUAUUUCAAAUCUUCUCUGAAAAGCCAGAUCUUUCUGAUUGUAUGUUUUAUAGAAAUUGUGCUUUUCAAUUCCAAAAAAUAUUUUUUGACAGAUAAUAUAACUAAUUAUGAUUAUGAUGGAGAUUAUGAUAACUAUGGAGAUUCUGAUCAUACUGAAGAUUAUGAUGAAUAUGACUUCGAUGAAUAUG